AUGGCGAAAUCUCGUGGGUUACUGCAAACAGGAGGAGUCCUUGCGAUCUUCGUUACAAUCGUGGCGUUACAAGUGAUCCACGUGGCGGGUGUGGCGAAUGUGACUCUAACGAGCAUCACGCUGCACAAGCACAUCAACUGGGUGUUCCUCCCCCAGGUCUACCUCCUCUGUGCUGAUGGUAACCGCUCCGACCUGCCCUUUUCACCGCCGCUCAACAUUCAAGUCAACCUCACGGGCAAGGAGGACUGGCAGCCCCUAUUUCAAAUGGACAGUGGCGGCUGCAAGACAUGUGGCAUAUACGAGAAGGGGUGGAUAGCAGACAGCCCCUACCUGCUCUUCCCGCUCUGCGAGUCCAACUUCUCCGCCCCCAAGGGCCACUCGCCCGCGCCCGGUGCUGCUGGUUUUGGAGAGUUGCUGCUGGCAGAACCAAAGGGGGCACUGGAGUUUGUGCUCUCGUGCCCCGCGUGUGUGAGGGACCUGGAGAUGAGCACAGGCGAUGUUCACACGGCGCCUGCACCUCAAGGCUUGGGGGUGGUGGUCUGGGUGAUAGCAGGCGUGGCAGUAAUGGGUGUGCUUGUACUGCUCAUCACAUCUGUAGUGUACAUCACUAAAGGCGGCGAUCAGAUUGUCGACGAAUCGGAGCGUGCCAAGUUUCUUGAAAUGGGAGCUACGACGUCAGAGGAGCCUCUUUAUGCGUUAGGAAGAGAGCCUCGCCUUGCAUCCGAUGUGCUUAAAGGUGAUCCUGAUGACUACCUAUAG